AUGACGUAAAACCUGCGCAGUGGUAACCCCCCUAACCCACAGUGGAGACUGAGUGAACUUGACGGACAGGGCUAGCUUUUUGUUUUAAACAGGCUAGCAUCAAUCCCAUAGUAAAUUAUUUAGAGGUUUUUUGACAUAGAGAAACAAGUAAGCGUAACUUCAAGAGACCAAGAAUUCAAAUGAAUAUGUUUCCAAAAAGGGCUGCAGUUAUGACGGGAGUCAUGAGCUACAUUCAAAAUGGAGUCGUAGGGGGAUCGAUGCACCACGACUCAAGAGAUUCCACCCCGGAAAACGGGAAUGUCGGGUCUAACGACACGCCGAACCGACCAAUGAACCUGGGAGUGAACACGGCGAAGGCGUAUACUGUGCCGAAAAACCUCCUGGAGGACCCCGACGACAUUGAGGACGGCGCGUUACCGUGUACUCCAGAGCUACAGUCCGAGAGCGAGCUCGACAUCUCCAGUUGUCCAGCAGGGGACGAGAUGCUGGAUCAAGUCACAAGGCAACUGAUCGGCCGGUUCCUGGCAGUAUAUACUGGACUCUCUAAACUUCGCUGGAAGGAAACCAAAGAACUAUCGACAAUGAAAAGAGUUGUGGAAGGUGUUUUGGAAAAGCACAGAUACGCGUACAAUGGAAUGAUCAAUAAAUUAUCAAUGAAUGACAGAGGGGAUGCAAGUUUUGUCAGCUCAGUUGCCAGGAGCCUUUUUGGAGACGGGACCACAAACUGGGGCCGGGUCGCCAGCCUGGUGGCCUUCGGGGCAGUGGCGUCUCAGUACCUGAAGGAGAAGGGCAGGGGCCACUGUGUGGAGCAGGUGGGACAGGAGCUCUCUACCUACCUGCUGACAGAGCAGAGGGACUGGCUGCUCAACAACAACUCCUGGGAUGGCUUUGUUGAAUUCUUCGGGGUAGCAGACCCAGAGUCCACGGUGAGGAUCACACUCAUGGCAUUUACUGGAUUUGCUGUUAUUGGAGCAAUACUUGCCCUGUUGAUUUAAGGCUUCAAUCCUGGACAUAAGACAAAGGACUUUGUAGGAUCACCCCAUUGGUUCAUGGCCUCUUUCCUGGGCUCACAUCCACCCCAACAGCAAAAUAAGUCACACAUUUGAUGUUGAUUACAUGGACAAACUUUGCCCACGGCGAUCGACUGUAAAAUAAAUGUUUUAUUUUAUUUUUGAAUAAGCUGUUUGAUCUGAUUUUUAUCUUGAUGUUUUUUUCUGCAUAAUAAUAUUAGUUUCCUGGUGGUGGUGGUGCCUCAGUUCAAAUCAGGAAGGGAAAACUGGUCCUUUUUUUUCAGUGGAUUUGCAUGUGUUCAUGUGUUUGUUGUGAUUGGGUGCACCAAGGGUGAACAUAGUUGAGGAAUGUUUUUCCUUAAGAGGAAGCAGACAUUGAAUAAUGGUUGAGUUCCAGUGUAAGCUUCUAACUAAUAAAAAAGUUGAUAUAAUUCA